UGUAAUAUGUCCCUGGUUAUCUUUUAUUUAGGUGACUGUGCACUGAAUACAUGGCUCAUGCAAAUGAAUCAGUGGUAUCUGAGUUUGUGCUGCUGGGUCUCUCUGAAUCUUGGGAACUUCAACUUUUCUUUUUUGCCAUCUUCUUUAUAGUAUAUGUGUCAUCUGUGCUUGGCAACAUCAUGAUUAUUGUAAUCAUUUCCUCUGACUCCCAUCUGAACUCCCCCAUGUACUUCCUGCUCAGUAACCUUUCUUUCAUUGAUAUCUGUCAGUCUAACUUUGCCACUCCCAAGAUGCUUGCAGACUUUCUUAUUGAGCAUAAGACUAUCUCUUUUGAGGGUUGCAUGGCUCAGAUAUUCCUUCUUCACAGUUUUGUUGGGAGUGAGAUGAUGUUGCUUGUGGCCAUGGCAUACGACAGAUUUAUAGCCAUAUGUAAACCCCUGCACUAUAGCACAAUUAUGAGUCGGAGAUUAUGUAUAAUUUUUGUGUCUAUAUCUUGGGCUGUGGGUAUUCUUCAUUCUGUGAGCCACUUGGCAUUCACAGUGGAUCUGCCAUUCUGUGGUCCCAAUGAGGUAGACAGCUUCUUUUGUGACCUUCCCCUGGUGAUAGAACUGGCUUGCAUGAAUACUUAUGAAAUGGAAGUUAUGACCCUAACUAACAGUGGCCUGAUAUCACUGAGCUGUUUUCUGGCUUUAAUUAUUUCUUAUACUAUCAUUUUGAUCACUGUCCAACGCCGGUCCUCCAGUGGAUCUUCCAAAGCACUUUCCACUUUAACUGCCCACAUCACAGUGGUGAUUCUUUUCUUCGGACCUUGCAUUUAUUUCUACAUAUGGCCUUUCAGCCGGCUUUCUGUGGAUAAAUUCAUUUCAGUGUUUUAUACUGUUUGUACACCUCUGUUGAACCCUAUUAUCUACUCUCUGAGGAAUGAAGAUGUUAAAUCAGCCAUGCGGAAGCUGAGAAAUCGCCAUGUGAACUCCUGGAAAAACUAGGGAACAACCAUGAGGGAGAAUAAUUUU